AUGGCGUUUGAAAAACUGAAAGAAGCAAUGAUGUCAGCACCGGUUUUGGCCUUACCUGAUUUUUCCGAGGUCUUUGUAGUCGAGUCUGAUGCAUCCGACUAUGGCUUGGGAGCAGUUUUGAUGCAAAACCAAAGACCUAUUGCAUACUUCAGCUCAGGUUUAUCUGCAAGGGAUCAAGUCAAACCGAUCUACGAGCGCGAGCUAAUGGCAAUUGUUUUGGCUAUACAAAAAUGGAGGCACUACUUGUUGGGAAGGAAAUUUGUGGUACACACGGAUCAGAAGAGCCUGAAAUUUCUGCUGGAACAAAGAGAGGUUUCGAUGGAUUAUCAGAGGUGGUUGACUAAACUGUUGGGGUAUGAUUUUGACAUUAUCUUCAAACCCGGAGUGGAGAACAAGGCAGCAGAUGGGUUGUCGAGAAUUGUUCCUGCACCAAUCAGUGUAAACGCUAUGGAGUUGAUGUCGAUCACUGUUCCUGCAAAUCUCCAAAUCCAAGACAUCUAUAAAGAGAUUGAGGAUGAUGGCAAGAUUCAGAACCGCAUUAAGAGAGUUUUGGAGGGUUUGGAAGACAACGAGGACUAUACAGUGGUGAAUGGACGAUUGUUUCGCAAGGGGAAGUUAGUAAUUCCACGUACUUCUUCAAAGAUCCCCUUGAUUCUGCAUGAGUUUCACACAAGUGUAGAGGGUGGUCACUCAGGCAUUCUGAAAACAGUGAAGCGGAUUCAGACUGUUUUCUACUGGAGGAAGAUGAUAUCGGACAUUAGGAAGUAUGUCACUGAAUGUGAUACUUGCCAGCGACACAAAUAUUCGACCCUUUCUCCUGCGGGUCUUCUCCAACCGUUACCGAUUCCGAACAAGAUUUGGGAGGAUCUGUCAAUGGAUUUCAUCGAAGGAUUGCCUACUUCUAAGGGUGUGAAUGUAAUCUUUGUUGUGGUCGACCGUCUGAGCAAGUUUGCACAUUUUGUGAAGCUUAAACAUCCGUUUACGGCUUGCGACGUCGCUAACAAGUUUAUACAGGAGAUGGUUCGCUUGCACGGCUUUCCAGCGUCGAUUGUGUCGGACCGUGAUCGAAUUUUUCUAAGCUCCUUCUGGAAGGAAUUGUUCAAGCUGGCAGGGACGAAGUUGAAAUUUAGCACAGCUUUUCAUCCCCAGUCGGAUGGUCAAACGGAAGUUCUCAACCGUUGUUUGGAGACCUACCUUCGUUGUUUCGCUUCUUCGCACCCUAAAUCGUGGGCUACGUACUUGUCUUGGGCAGAGCUAUGGUAUAACACCAACUUUCACACCGCCAUCGGCUCCACCCCAUUUCACGUAGUCUACGGUCGAGAAGCACCUAGUUUGUUGCGUUUUGAGGAAGGCUCAACGGCAAACUUUGAGUUGGAACAAAUGUUGCGUGAACGUGAUGAAGUUUUGCGAGCAAUCAAGGAGCAUUUGGAGAUGGCUCAGGCUCGGAUGAAGAAUAAUGCUGAUAAGCAUAGAAGAGAGCUUUCCUUUUCCAUUGGAGAUAAGGUCUUCUUGAAGUUGCGCCCUUAUAGACAACAGUCGGUGUCAAAGAGGUUGUAUCAGAGGUUAGCUGCCCGUUUCUAUUGUCCGUUUGAGGUUUUGGAACGCAUCGGACAGGUGGCGUAUCGUUUGAGGUUGCCGGAGGGAUCAAAGAUUCAUAACGUGUUCCACGUUUCUCAGUUGAAGCCGGUAUUAGGCUCUGGUCAUCAGAUAUCACCACUUCCCGAUUCUUUUGCCCAGCGGUCUGAGUUGUUUGUUGAGCCGGAAGAAGUUUUGGAGACUCGUUAUGAUACUGGAGGGCGUUUGGAGGCUCUGGUUCAGUGGAAAGGCCUUCCUGCACAUGAGACGACGUGGGUUCGUGCAUCGGAACUGCUUCAAGAGUUUCCUGAACUUGAGGACAAGCUUCGUCUUGACGAGGGGGGUAAUGUUUGA